CGUAAAUCGUGUUUUCUCGAAUGGAAAUAAAUAUUAGAUAAGGUCCUGGUCGCAAAUAUAGAUCAGUUGUAGUCCUGAUUUUAGUUAUCUCCCUUUUCACCACGCUGGAUUGGUCACACAAUACAUCAUAGUAUAGGGAAAUGGCGCUUACUCGAGUACAUGGGAUGAGAACUUACUAUUAUUUAUCUGUAGCAAGAAAAUCACUACGCUCAUGUAGCUUUCAACAGAAGUUAUUCAAGUCCUCAGCAGCCUCUCCAAAUGUACAUGUGAGUUCAAGUAUCGAGGAACCAGGCAAACAUGCCAGAGAAUCACCGCCACCGGCUACGACUAAGAGACAUCCGAACAUUGAUUUGUCUUUCACGAAUGCCAGAGAAGCCUACAGAAGUAAACGCACGUCGGAAUUAAUUCGCUCCCUCGUAGUCUUCAAUUUAUGUUCGAUAAAUGCCCUUGUAGACCACCAGGCUUUGCUAUUAAAAUGGUCAAGGAAAAUCUUGGGGAAGAAUUUAUUCCGGACAUUCAUGAAAGGGACAUUUUAUGGGCAUUUUGUUGCAGGAGAGGAUCAUGAAACUAUUAAACCAAUGAUUGGUAGAAAUCGACAAUUUGGUGUCAAAGCUAUACUGGAUUACAGUGUGGAAGAAGACAUGUCUUCAGAAGAUGCAAAAAAAGCAGAAAUGAUGAGUUGUAUAUCUGAAGACCAGCCUGACGACCUCCCAGAAACUGGUGCUGGAUCAAAAUUUCGAGCACAUGAAGAGUUUGGAGAUCGUCGUGAAAAGGUGACGUCUGCCAGAACUUAUUUUUAUGAAGAUGAAGCUAACUGUGAUAAAAAUUGUGAUGUUUUUCUUGGUGCCAUAGAUGCUGUUUCAGAUGCUACAAACAAAUCUGGAUUAGCUGCCAUUAAACUGACUGCUUUGGGUCGACCCCAAUUGUUGCUUCAGCUAUCAGAAGUUCUAUGUUCAAUUCGUAAUUUCUUUGAGUUAUAUGGAUCAAAAGAAGGAGAUGCCAUUUUACAAAAGUUUCGUGAAGAAGAUUUAACUAAAACUCUUAAUUCUAUGGGUAUUUCCCGACAACAAGCUGAAUGGCAGAAAUGGUUCCGUGUAUUAGACACAUCUUGUGACGGGGAAGUAGAUUUAUUAGACUGGGAUAAUUUAUUGGAAAUCAACAUGAGUUUAUCAAAAUUAUUUGUUGUUCCUAAUCUGAAAACUUGUAAAAUAGAACCGUUAACAACAGCUUUAAGUUCAACAGAAGAGGACCAGAUGAAGAAUAUGUUAGGAAGAAUUAACAAAAUUGCUAGUUAUGCUAAGACGAAAGGAUGUCGAAUUAUGAUUGAUGCUGAACAGACAUAUUUUCAACCUGCUAUUUGUCGUUUGACAAUGGAAAUGAUGAGAAAGUUUAAUCGUGAAAGUGCUGUUGUAUUUAAUACAUAUCAGUGUUAUCUCAAGCAAGCAUUUAAGAAUAUAGCAUUGGAUAUGGCGGUUGCUAAACGAGAGGAUUUUUAUUUUGGUGCUAAACUUGUACGUGGUGCUUAUAUGGAACAGGAACGUGAAAGAGCAGCUGCUUUAAAAUAUGAAGAUCCUAUAAAUGUUAGUUACGAGGCUACAACUGCCAUGUAUCAUGAUAUACUAGAGGAAGUGAUGAAACAAAUCAAUAAACGAGAACGAGGGAAGAUUUCGCUCAUGGUGGCAACUCAUAAUGAAGAUACAGUACGCUAUACUGUUGAAUUGAUGAAAAAAUAUGGAAUAAGUCCAGAAGAUCGAUUAAUAUGUUUUGGUCAGUUACUUGGUAUGUGUGAUCAAAUUAGCUUUCCUUUAGGGCAAGCAGGUUAUUCUGUAUAUAAAUAUGUACCAUACGGUCCUGUAGAAGAGGUGUUACCAUACCUGUCUAGAAGAGCCAUGGAAAAUCGUGGAGUGAUGAAGAAAGUCAAGAAAGAAAAACAUCUUCUUUGGACUGAAAUUAAACGAAGAAUAAAAUCUGGAGAAAUAAGAUAUAAACCUGAUAAUAACUUACCUUCUUCUGUAAUGUUAUAGGUAGAUAAUAUAUACAAAUACUUGCGGGAAGCACUCCUACUAAAAUAAUUAACAACUAAUUCCUCAAGAUAGACAUGGAUAUGUGAUUUCUUGAAAAAAAACCUAACUAGAUAACAUUUGAAGGCAACAGAAGUGACUCAAAUUUUAGCUAGGAAAGACUCUGGGAAGAACCUCUUCAGUUAACCUUUUUACUGCCCAAAAAGAUUGAUUACCCUAUAUGUGUUUAAUGUUUUAUAAUGCAAGAUUAUAAGUUGACUUAUCCAAAUAUAAAAGAGAAAUUUAUUUGUUAAUACUCUAACCUUCAAAAAUAUUUACAUUUAUUUGUCCAUAAUUCUCAACAUAUAUUAUAAUACAGGUUUAGAAAUUGUCUCAAAUAGAAAAAAAACUAAAUGUUUAAUGUUCACGUCUAUAGUUAUAGUUAUUGUUAACAUUAAGUUGUUGCUUGUCCGCUAUAUUUAAUACAAGUUGUAAAGUUUAGUGUUAACAUUGUUAUUGUUAACAUUUAAGUUGUUGCUUGUCUGCUAUAUUUAAUACAAGUUGUAAAGUUUAGUGAGAUCCUCGCCAACUUAAAAUAUUUAGAAUCAAAUUUUUUGGACCAGUAACUAGGCCCAAAGUGCUGCUCAUCUUGUUGUCAAUAUUCUUCUUGGGGUGGCGCUCUAUGAAAAAAAAACACAAGAAGCCGCUGAUUCAAGUACGAUCAACAUGAAACUUGGCAAGUUUGUUCCUUGGACCAAUGCACAUCAAUUGCCCGUUGGUUCCUGAUUAAAUGAGAUUAUACAUUGUAUUAUUUUUUGUUUUUGUUUUUUUUUUAAUACAUUUAUCACUUGUAUAACUUGUUUGAGAAGUUUAAUGUGCCAUAUAGAAUUUCAAUUUUCAUAUACAUGUACCAUACUUUGCUGGCUUGGAAAGGAAAAUGGCAUCAUUAUUUUCCCCCGGUUACAUUUCAUUGUAGAAUCUCAUUUUAUGUGAUAUUUUUUGUUUUAUUUGUAUACAACAGUAAAGAGUGGGUUUUUAUUGACAUUCUUACUAUAUUGGUGGAUUUUGGAAAUCGUUAAUAUAUUGGUUGUGGAUGGUUGUGUUGCCUGGCAACCCACAUAGUUAUUAUAUAUUACGAAAAGAGAUUAUUUCUAUUUUAUAGUUAUAUUAAUUUGUUUUGCAUUAAUACUAUUAUUUUAUUUUUGUAAUUAAACUAUUGUUAUUAUCAAUCUGAUUAAAACACAGGUCAUAUUUUGUUCCGUUUUUUUUUUUUUUUUUUUUGUUCAAAAUUCUUUUUACUUGUCUUUACUACACUACGACUGGAUAACCAGUGUUCUGGUUGAUGUGAGGGAUUAGCCAAUGAAAUGAUCUGUUGUGGCGAGCUCUUGGCGUACGGUGCACGGAACCUUGGGUAUCCCACUAAAAACAUCAACGCUUAUUGGUUAAUCAAAUAUCUGAUGUCAUAGGGUCAAAAGUCACUCAUAUGACCCCUAACGCCACCUCUCACUUCAACCAGUCAGAUCUUCUUGUAAUGGGGGCCAUCAAAAGUAUAUAAAAAAAAAUGAAACGAAAUAUUGAUCUAUCUGUAUUUUAAUCAGAUUGUGUUUUGUACAAUAGCUAAAAGAGAACAUUGCGCUUGGUUGAAGUUAUUUUUACGUUGGUUUUAUUUUUAGGAUCUAGUUGUAUGUAUACUAUUAAUUUGUACAAACUUUAUGUUAAAUAAAAUAAAACAUCAGAAACUUUAUUGAGCAUUAUUCCAUUUAUAUAGAUAUUGAGCUAUCUGUAAGUAAGGCAUACACAAUUUUGAUUUUCUGCAGAACUUCUGAAGUGAGAGAAGGUACAAUCAACACAAACUAGGUUAUUUCAGGACUAAUAUUUGGGAUCAUUUUAUUUCAAUAAUUCGCUUAGGCACUCUCUUUAAUCCUUCUGACUACCCAGUUCAAAACCACCAGUCGAGCAAGCAAAUUUUAUAUUUAGGCAUUAUAGGAGGUAGGCAUUUUGAUUUCUUUUAAUGAAGAAUUUUCCUAUCUAUUCAGAUAUAUUCAUUUUGGACAGGUUCUGACUAAUAGAAAGGGGAAUGGGGAAACACUGGUUUUAAGAGAAAUAUGCAUUUGAGUAUUAUUAGUAUUUUAAUGAGGUAGUAACAGUGUUGUGCUGAUUGUGUCUUACAUGUAGUUGCAGUUGGCAAAAUAAUAAUACAUUAUUUUAUAUUGAUUAUUUAAAAUUUACUAAGUUGUAAGCAUUAAUAUUCUUAGAGGAAAAUCUGUAAACCGCUAAUGGACAGUUAGGUCCUAUGCCUUGUUUCUCUUAUCAAUUAAUCUCAAUCUAAAAAAAAAAAAUACCAUCAUUUCUUGGUAUUUGUUAAUUCCAAUUAUUUUAGGAUAAAAAUUCCAAGUCAAAGAGACGAUGAAACCCCCACACUCGAAAAAGUAGGAGGGCGGAAGAUUCCCCUGUAACAAUUCCUGUCCGGUUUGGAUCUCAGUGAAGAAUAGAUUAGUAAAGAUAAUCCCCCAGGAACAAACUAGAUCAACACUGUGUGAUUUUAAAUCAGUAUAAUCUUCACCAAAACGCGUUUCGGGCUAAUAGCCCUUCAUCAGUUGGCAAUUUGAACAAUAUUAAAAAAUAAUCCCAGAUUAGUGGUAUAUAUACAAAACGCGUUUUGGUGAAGAUUAUACUGAUUUAAAAUCACACAGUGUUGAUCUAGUUUGUUCCUGGGGGAUUAUCUUUACUAAUCUAUUUUAGGAUAAAUUAGUUGUUUGCCUUGAAAUCUAUGAGCAGAGAGAAUAUCAAUUUUAGUGCAAUCAUAGAUAAAUAUUACAAAUAUAUAUUUACUGCUACAAGCUUGUUCACAAUCAUAUCUAGGACAAGAUAAUAUUUUUUAUUGGCAUAACUGAUUGCCUUAAAUCUAGAAAAUAUGCAUUUUAGUACAAAUAUAGAUAUACAUUACAAGUUUUAUGCAUAACUGCAGCUCAUUUUACAUAUCACCAAAAUACAGAUCUUAUAGUGCUCUAUUUACCGGUUAAAUGUUAUUACAAAAUUUUAUUUUUAUGAUGGCUUUCAGUUUAAAUGUGGAUCUUCUGAAAACCAAAGUGAUUCUCAUACUCUAUGUACUAUAGUGAUAUAAUUUUGUUUCAGGUUGUUUGUUUUAAUAGCAAUUAGAAAUAUAUUUUACAGUAAUUAUUAUAUAGAUAUUAUUUACAUUAUACUGUACAUGUUAUGUAUAUAGGCACUCAAUAAACUUAAUACGCUG